AUGUUGUUCGCCGUGUUCUUCGCCUUUUGGCGAUUUAUGCAAAUCAUCACCUUGAUCCCGACGAUGGGCAUGCUCGCCUGGUUCGUGAACGGCUACGUGAACCAGAACGCCCUCACCCCGAACUAUAUCCUCGUCAUGUUCAUUGUCUCGGUGCUGGGCCUCGCCUGGGCCAUCUUCACCCUGUUCAGCUACCACCGGUCGUCGACAAAUGCGCUCUUCGUCUCUCUGAUCGACCUCGGCUUCGUCGGCGCCUUCAUCGCCGCCGUCUGGUUCUUGCGCGACAUCACCAACUACGACUGCGUAAAUGUCUCCGCAACCAACGGCUUCGACGCCUACUUUGGCAUUUUCGGCUCCGUCCACUCCAACUUCGGCAUUGACACGACCUUCAACAAGACUUGCGCCAUGCUCAAGGCGUGCUUCGCCUUUGGCAUCAUGAACUGCAUCUUCUUCUUCUUCACGGCCGUUCUUGCCUGGUUCCACGGCGAUCGCAUGAGCAGCGCCGACCGCAAGUCCUACUACCGUGAGACGCACUACCACCGCCAUGGACACCGUCGCAGCAGCCACAGCCCCCACAGCCGACGAAGCUCCCACCACUCGCACCGCCGGGUCUACGUCUAA